UGAGGGAACAGCUUACCUACUGGUUUUUGUCUCAGGAAAAAAAACCUAAAAAUGGUUUCUGCUGAGCCUGAUUUGUUAUGUCUCCAGGCAUAGCUAAUUAUCCUGACUUAGCCCAGCUCUGAAUUCUUCCCAAGGGUUUUGGUGCUAUUUCUUCUGUUUUGAUUUAUAAAUUGUCUUUAUUUUACUUUCCUCCUACAUGCUUCAUAUAAUCUUUUUACUUCUUGCCUUACUGAGGAGCUGGGAGUUGGUGUGACAGUGCUGUUACGAAGUGAAAGAUGGAAAAGGAGAUCCGUUAGCCUUUGUGCUGGGUGUCCAGAAAUGCUUUCUUCUGGCAUCUGCAUCAUGGGCUAUUUGAAACUGUCUCUUCUCCCCAUGAGGCACCUGUGUGCUGUCACUUACUGCUGGGCUUACCUGCAACCACCCUUGGGCUAAAGGAACCAUGCAUCUCCAGGCUGGCUUUGAAGCUCAAAGAGCUUUGGUUUCAGCCUUUGUCCUACAGCUAGGAGUAUUCUCUUGAUGUAGCAGAAUGAAUUAUAGUGGAAUGAAUUACAGUUAUUUUCUUUGUAAUUGGCAGUUUUUCUAACCUCCAUGACAAAUUCUGUAGAGUAAGGAAAUCCAUUUGCUGUAGCCAUGGAGUAAACAGGAGAUGAUGCUGUCAUUUAGCCUGGGUUUGGGAGGGUGUCUCUGUUCAAAAAAUUUUAGUAACUCACAAUCAUCCUGCAGGGCAAAUGGGUACUGUUUUCUUAAUGAGGCUAGCAAGAAUAAGAGGCUCAAGUAGGGCCAGUUUUAACUGCUAGGGCAUGCCACCUCCUCAUAGCAUUGCUUUGUUUCUUGAUGUAUCCACUUGACAUUUAUUUCUGAUUUCUGCAUCUGGGAAUGUAUUUGUCAACAGAAUUCUCUGGCAGACUGCAGCACUGGUCACAGUGAUGGCCCCUUGUGGAGGCUUAAAUUCACAUUUCUGGAUAAUGGCUUGAGACAUGAGUGAGAGCCAAGACCUUACUGGCCCCAGGCCCAUCUUCUGCACUGGCCAAGGGCAGGUGCUGAGGGGAGAGGACACAGCCAGGAAAUAUACAGAAUCCUGGCUUGGUGGGAUCUCUGGCUCACAGGCUGCCUAUAUCCAUUCAUAUCGUUAGUGCAAGUGUUGUUGCAAAAGCUAUACAGACACCAGCCAUGCAUAGGCAGCUGAGCCACACUAUUUCUCAGAUGGGUCCAUGGCUGAUGCCCUCAGUUUCAAGCCUGGAUCAGGUAGAUGUAUCUCCUCUGCUGUGUGCUUCUCCACUGUCUCUUCAACAUUCCAGACAGAUGUUUCUGCUGGACUGCUCUGCGGGUAGCUCACUGUUACUGUGCUCACACAUGAACGCUGGUCCCAGAGCUUUUCACAGAGCAAGUGUUGAGAUGAGGGGGAGAGAAGAGGUGAAGCGUUUGCUAUAUGCUGGUAACAAACAGCUCUAAGCCCAUUGUUAGCAGUCUGUGUGACCGUAGCUCUUCCAAAGGGCAGAAUUACCCUAUGUUUUACCUCUGGGGAAAGCAGGGAUGCUACUCUAGUGUGCGUGAGUCUAUCCAGUGACUCCACUUCAGCCAAGUGAGGCCCUACCCUGAACGUGAGACACUGACACAGGGUGAUUUCUUUCUCUGCUUUCUUAUCAGGAGGUUUGCCCAGCACUUCCAGUGUCAUCUGAGUUUGGCCAGGGCCAAGGCUGCCUUUUCUGCUCUUCCAGCCCCUGAGCGAGAGCAGCCAUACGUCUGAGUCACCAUGGGCAAGAUGGACAACCCCUCUGUGGAGCUGAGCUCUCCCUCCGAGGUGAAGCAGGCAGCCUUGGAAGAGCCAGAGCCCAUCGCCCCCGAGACCCCAAGCACCAAGAAAAAGAAGAUCCCAGACAGGGGCUCUUGGAAGGGGAGGUUUGACUUUCUGCUGUCCUGUGUGGGCUAUGCCAUUGGGCUGGGAAACGUCUGGCGCUUCCCGUAUCUCUGUGGCAAGAAUGGAGGAGGGGCCUUCCUUAUUCCUUAUUUCCUGACACUGGUGUUUGCUGGGAUCCCCCUCUUCCUGCUGGAAACUGCUCUUGGCCAGUACACCUCUGUGGGCGGACUGGGAGUCUGGAAAUUAGCACCAAUGUUUAAAGGAGUGGGGCUGGCAGCUGUGGUUCUCUCCUUCUGGCUGAACAUCUACUAUAUUGUCAUCAUCGCUUGGUCUCUCUACUAUCUCUUCAACUCUUUCACUGCAGACCUACCGUGGCAGAGCUGUGGGAACACCUGGAACACCGACCGCUGCUUCUCCAACUACUCCCUUGAUGACACCACCAACCUCACCAGCGCUGUCACCGAGUUCUGGGAGAGGAACAUGCACCAGAUGUCCGGGGGCCUGGGUGAGCCUGGAUCUGUCCGCUGGCCCCUGGCUGGCACACUGGCCCUGGCCUGGCUGUUGGUCUACUUCUCCAUCUGGAAGGGUGUGGAGUGGACAGGCAAGGUGGUGUAUUUCUCAGCCACCUACCCCUACUUCAUGCUAUUCAUCCUCUUCUUUCGGGGAGUCACACUGCCUGGGGCUAAGGAGGGCAUCCUCUUCUACCUCACACCUGACUUCAAGAAGCUCUCUGACUCCGAGGUCUGGAUGGAUGCAGCCACACAGAUCUUCUUCUCCUAUGGCCUGGGACUGGGGUCCCUGAUUGCACUGGGGAGCUACAACACUUUUCACAACAACGUCUACAGAGACUCCAUCAUUGUCUGCUGUAUAAACUCCACCACAAGCAUAUUUGCUGGAUUUGUUAUUUUCUCCAUCGUUGGCUUCAUGUCACACAUCACGAAGAAGUCGAUUUCAGAGCUGGCCUCCUCAGGCCCUGGACUGGCUUUUCUCGCCUACCCGCAGGUCGUCACCCAGCUACCCCUGUCCCCGCUCUGGUCGAUCCUCUUCUUCUCUAUGCUGAUGAUGCUGGGCCUGGAUAGUCAGUUCUGCACUGUGGAGGGGUUUGUUACUGCCCUGAUGGAUGAAUAUCCUCAUAUCCUGAGAGCCAGGAAGAAGAUCUUCAUUGCGAUAGUCUGUUUCAUCUCUUAUCUCGUUGGAUUCUCCAAUAUCACCCAGGGUGGCAUUUAUGUCUUCAAGCUGUUUGAUUACUACUCAGCCAGUGGCAUGUGUCUUCUCUUUCUUGUCUUCUUUGAGACCAUCUCAAUUUCUUGGUGUUAUGGUGUGAACAGAUUUUACAGGAACAUUGAAGAAAUGAUUGGCUACAAACCCUGCAUCUGGUGGAAAAUCUGCUGGGCAUUUUUCACCCCUCUUGUCUGUCUGGGUGUGUUCUUAUUCAGUGUGGUGGAAAUGACCCCUCUGACGCUGGGAAAAUACAUCUAUCCUGCGUGGGGACAAGGGAUUGGUUGGCUCAUGGCGCUGUCCUCCAUGGUACUGAUCCCAGGAUACAUGCUGUACAGCUUCUUCACCUCAACAGGGACUCUCCGUCAGCGUUUCCAGCAGAUGACGCAGCCCCGGCAGGAUGUGCAGGAUGUGCAGGUGCAGAAGAAUGGCCUCCAGAUGAAGACAUCCCUGAAUGGCAGGGGAUCAGAUGCUGCUGUCUAGGAGGAGAGCUGGAGCUCCUUGCCCUGCCCCAUAGCUGCCCAUACCAUGCUGUCCUCCAAGCCCCUCUGGCACAGCCCACUGUCCCCAGCUCUGCAGUGGCUUCACAUGAGAAGAAGACCCAGCAGAGGAACUCUAGCGCCUCUCUUCCCCCUGGCUGACCCUGCAUCACAUCAUUGACUAUCUCCAUCAUGCAGCACUCUGGCCCAGGCUCUCAGAGAAGAGUAGCCUGUAACCUCUCGACCAGAGGUGAUGUUCCUAGAGAGCUUAUACUGAUGGCUCACUGUUUUUCACUUCAUCUUAGCACUUCCAUGUGACGUUCCUACACAGCACGUCCCAUAGCACGCAGCCAUGCUUCAUGCUUCACCUCAGAGACCCACUUGCCACCAUAUUUAAAUCUCAGAUGGUGAUCAAAUGAUGUAGCAUAAAGCAGUGCUAGCAAAUGCAUCAUUGGAAGGGGUAUGGCAGAUCAAGAGAGGAGCCCUGCAUGUUAGUAGCAGUAAGACAUAGCCCAAACUGAAGAAAGGCAUCAGGAGAAGAUGCAACACUCUUAGGUACCAUAUUUCAGCCCUGCACAUCUCCAACCAUUACCACCUACCCAGCAGGUUGGCCCCAUGAGCCACUGCCAGGCACAGAAGACAGCCCUUCUCUCCUGGAGAGUCCUGCCCUGUGCAGCAGUCACACCUUUAGCUGAAUGUACAGGCUGGAUCUGGUAAAGCUGAAAGCCAAACUCUAAGAGCUGCAAUCACAGUUCAUCACAAUUAAUCUCAGCUAGUUACAGAAGUAUCAUUCUCCCCUAUCCUGUAAUUUUAUGCACUAUAGUGUAUCUGAAAAUUUGUAUUCCACUUUCACCUAUGUUUAUAAACUGGGCAAUAAAGGAGCCCACCCUUCUCAUAUCCUUCGAGAGGGACAUCCGUGCUGAGGGCAGUUCAUAGAAUCACAGAAUCACUGCUGUCGCUCUUUGAUCUUUGCAUGGACAGCCUUUACUACAAACCCUGCUUUCACCUGUGCGUCCCAAUCACAUCACCUCCCUCCCCUUAAAUGUAGGCCAAGAUCUUCAGAAGUGGGUAAUGGGCAAAAGAGUCGAUGCUUGAGUGAGGCCCUAAAAUGGUGAAAGAUCUUGAUUUUCUAAGAGUAUUGGGGCAGCCCCAGCCUGAGGUAGAGGAAGCUGGAAUCAGCAGUCCUUACUGAAACUCUUGGCCAAGAGCUCCCUUGCACAUGCAGGGCUUUAUUCCUGGGGCAGCAGAGAUACUACCCUGCACUUGAGUUCUCAGUGUAACACUAUUCAGUGAGAAAUAGCCAUCCAUUCAGCUUCCUGCCCGUAAUUUUCUCUUUGGCUCUUGCUUUUGUCUUGCUUCCUUUUGUUCUCUUGCCACAUUUCUUCCCAACUUCUACCCACCCAGUAGAAAUGAACUACUUCAAUGAGCUUUGUCCUCCUUAUUUUUUGCUGGUACUACCACCAAAUUGCAGUUCUCCCUCCCUUCUCUUCCUUCUAUUUCUACCUGUGUUCCCAGCCUAAUUUCUCUGAUCCUCUCAUAUGUCCUCCUUCCACCCCUCCCACUCUUUUCCCUGCCUGUCUGUGACUCAGCAUUGAGUUCACUCAGCACCUUCCCCCCAGCAGCCCAGUCCCUAAGGUCCUGUACCCAUCCCAAUAUCACAAUCACAACCUGUUCCAGCUGUCUUAUUUCCCUCCAUAGACCAGAAUGAGCAGGUUUCUGACACCAGCUGAAGAGCUUGUGACUCCUGUAGCCCCAUCUCCUGCCCUCCUGCUGCCCCAUGGCACUCAACACCUGCUGGCGCUUGGUAAUCCACCCAAAACCUUUUAAUUCUAAGGAGCUAUUUAGGGAGCUGUGCUCAAAUCCCUUCAAAAUCCUCUUUUUCCUGAGGGCUGCGAAAAAAAAAUGAAUGCCUUUGCCCCCAUGCCCCAUGCAGCAGCAGCAGGAGCUGUGGGCAAUGUAGAAGGCCUUAGGAUGGCUUUGAUGUUGCUCAAGCACCACAACCCUGGAGAUGCAGGGUUGAUCCCCCCCAGGACAGGGGAGCUCAUCCUGCUGCCUCCCCCCAGUGUGCUCCAGCAGCUGGUCGUGGAUGUGUGAAUGUGUGUGUAAGGUGUGCAAUGCCACACAGACACUGUGUGGCACCGCCAGGUUUUGGCCAGGCGACCACUGCUCGUAGUCUCUCCACUUGUCUAUUAAACGAUGCGUUGGACGCCGCCAUGAAAAUGAUGCAAGGUCUGUUCCACUCCUCACACACCUUUCAGGCCUUUGGGAAUGGGAAGGGGAGAUGAGAGACUUUGACUGAUAGCUGAGAGAUGAGGGCUCCUGUGGGGACUGGCUGCCAGCACCCCUCUGCCUCUGUGGCCUGUGCAGCAGCCCUUGGGUCAAUCCCUGCCACUCCUUCCUGCCCUUUUUUCCCCUUCCUCUUCUCUGUUUGGCAUCCCCACGAUCUCCUGUCUCACCUUCUCCCUUCAGGGAGAGGUAUAUGCAUUUUAAUAACUUUCCUCUUCUUUCUGCAUCUCUAGCAGCACAUUCAAGUGGUGCUUAUGCUCGGAGGUGCAGGCAGACUGCAGCAUUCACACUGUCACAGCAGCACAGACAUUGCCAUCCUCAGCCCCUACCUGGCUUCACCCCACCCAGAGUAACCUCUGAGCUGGUGUCAGUCCCUGCCAUGGCCCUGGAGACUGCAUCUCUGUGGGGAUGGGACAAGAGAAGGAGAGGGAUGAAUGCUUUUGGUGGCAGGUGGUCACAUCAUCCUUCACCCCUGCCUGCCCUCUUGAUGGCACCACCAUACCCACAGCUGUGUCCCCUUCAGCACAAACUCCUCUAUGCAUUUUGGUCCCAUAGGAUGGAGAGAAAAGGAGCUGACAUCUCUGUCCUGUCUGCACUUCUUGUCAAUGAAGGGAUUAGGAAUUAUAAUCCCCGAUUUGCAUUUUAAAGCGGCUUUUCAGCUCUGCGGGGAGCCUCAGCCCAAUGUCCCCGAGGAGCCCAGUGGCACAGCCGCUGUUACAGCCCCAACAACCGCUGUCACAGCCCCAGCCACAGCCAGGGGUGUGUAGCUGCAUGGUCCCCAUGGCCACAUUGGCACCGCUUGCCCCCAGUCCAAUGGUCCUAGGCCCCAGCACAACUGCUGCUGCGGGGGCUUCUCUGCAGAGCAGAGCCCAGGGUCCUGUAGUGUAUGAGUGGAGCUGCUCCCAGGACACUGACUGCUAAAUCACAUUGGUCCCCACCAUCCCGUAGCCCCCAGAGGCUCCCACUCCUUUCUCUAGCCCCAGCCCUCUCCAAGCAGUGCAUGCUCCCUUCCCUGCACUUUUCCCCUGGCUCCUUCCUUCACCACAUUGGCGACAGACCCACGUGAAAUGUUAGCAAGCUGUUGUUUGCUUCUUUUCCUUGGCAUCUCUACUGCCUUUCCCUCUGCUAAUUGCUGCAGCAGUGCCUCUUCUAGGGCAGGCUGACAGAUGGCCGAGGUUUAUCUUUGAACAAGCCAUUUAAUAAGAGCUCCCGCUUUUCCUUUGCACAUUUCUUCCCCAGCCACAUGUCCUGGGCUGCUGCUCAGGCUGUCCUUUUCACUGGGGAUGCCAGGAGAUGUGGCAGAGGCUGAGGGCUGACGUCAGACGACAGGGGUCACCAGGCUGAAGAGCUGGGAGGCAGAGAGAAGCUGUGAGCCCCCACUGGCUCUUUGUGGCAACAUCCAAGAAAAUGUGCUGAUGAUACUAAACUGGGAGGUUCUGCACCAGAGGGUGGUGGGCAUGGAACAGGCUGCCCAGGGCAAUGUGCAUGGCCCCAACUGCCAGAGUUCACACAACUUAAGGCCCCGCUCCACAUGCUUGAGAAGAAGCCCUGCUCGUGGGUUCCAUGGUCUAAGGCAAAACCCACAGCUUUUAACUUUGGCUGCACUCAGUAGUUGCAGUAAAGAUGCUCCAAGACCAUCCAAGUGUGAUAAAGCUCCUGAACUGAUGGAAUCACACAGCCCUGCUUGCCAAGUUGGCCUCGUUCUUGAGGAACUAGCUUAUAUCCAGCUGUCUUAGGUAGGGCGGCAAUGUGAACAAGGCUCUGGCUGCACUCAGGAUCUGGCAGUGACUCUACAGCCUCUCCCUUGGCAGCUAUGGUGACAAGAAAUCUGAACCUUGAGGGAACCGUGGAGAUGACUGUGAGCAACUGUCCCCAGAGCCCCUGAAACCCCAGCACAGCUUUCUAGGUGUUGUAGAAAAGGGCCCGUAGUGUCUUGUAUGCAACAGUGGUACUACAGGCCCUGUCCCUGAUAAGAGACUAUGACGUGGCAGUUUUGGGCUUGGGGUAAGGCUCCUGCUGCCUACUGUUCCCACAGGGCCCCAGUGCCUGUGUUGGCCUUGGGACAAGACUCUGACCCAGGGCAGGAGACAGCAGGGCACACAAUGCUGAGGUCAGCAGCACCUCUCCUGCACCUCCUUUGAUGGGUAGGGUAGGACAUGUUUAUAGGAAGCACAUGAGGGAUGUGCUUAAUUUAAAGUCCCUCUUGAAAGGAACAGAGAAAACUCAGAAUUAUCUGUGGAAAAGAGUGGCAAAUGCUGAUCAGCUCUGAAUGCACCAGGGCUAUGCGAUUUGUAUACUAUGUAGACUAUAUAGCUAUAACUGUACUGAUGCACUAUGACAGUUGUGGUGUAUGCUUUUUGGGUUGUAAAUUCUUUGUAUUGGCACUGCCUAUGUGUGCCUGCACGCUAUCCACAGCAAAGGGUCUUGCCAUCUUCCUAUUAACAAUAGCUAGUACAUGCACAGCACAGUAAGGUAGGAGUAUGACAUGUAGACAAUCUGUUUUUAUUGCUCUCAUCUUUACAGCCAGGUGUGUGAUCUAAACAUCAGGCGGAAACUUCUCCAGAUAAUUUACCUGUUUCAAAACAUCUUAGAAAGUGUGUUGGAUGUGUUUGGGAUGGACCGAUAGAUACUACAUCUGUGGCACACAGAAACAGAAAUGGAAGCCUCUGAAUCCCUGGGGAUUCCCAUCCGUGUCUCAGGGAUCUCUGCCCUCCCAAGUGUUUCACCACAGGCCCGGGGAUCUGAGGGAUUCUUUGAAGCCAGCAAAGAAUGUGCAGCCCACAGGCUGCUUCCUCAGCAGGUGUAGUCCAACCCCAGCUGCAAAAAUGUGGGUUGCUGCCCCCCACCCGCUGCAGAAGAAAGCUGCUUCAUGUGCACGAGUUUGUUUCUGAUCAUCUCUCAUCCCUGCGCACAGCUUCACAGAGGUUGGUUUCAUUAACCCCGGGGUUACGCCUUGUGUAAAUAUGCAUGUAUAUCUGAUUUGCAUGGAAAAUGUCAUUUUCCCUACACGUCCCCCAUCCAAAUGUUAGUUGAGCCUGAGCUUGUGUAACUUACUAAGUGUGCUGUGACGGUAACUGCAGCCUGCACAGCUGUCCUGCUCGGGCAGAGUGUGGCUGCACACACCUGACAUCUUGUACAACGUGUUCAGCCGCGUGGAUAGCAGAGGUGCCUACACAUGAUCUGCCAUAUAGUCUUACAUGUUGGCAGAUGGUGUGUGCAUUAACGCGCAGUGUGUGCUGAUGUCUCUGGGUGAAUGAGUUUCUCUGCAGCCAGCUGGCGUAGGACACAUGCAUUGGCACAUGCGGUGCACAAAGUUGCUCUCCUUGCUGCAGCAUGCACACACGGCAGCACGCACUAGGCAUGGCAUGUGGGCUCCUUCCCCAGCAUGCAGUGUGGGCAGAGAGGCUGGGGCUGGCCCUGCUGCACGCCAGCAAGGUGCACAGGAAGAAACUGCAGUAUGAAAGGCUUAGCCUUUCACCGUCCUGCUUUCCUCUCUGCCUCACCGCACGGGUCAAUUGCAGAUUGGACACAAUUAUUUCUCCCUGGUUUCCUCUGGAUCCGGUCUUUCGAGGGCCCUGAGCAUGGAGCUAACUGAUGAGAACAUAGCAGUGGCCACAGAGGGCUGUCCCCAAGGCCAGCAGGCACUCAGCAGCCCUUGGGAGCACAGCCUUGGUGUGUCAGCCAUGUGCCUGCGCACACCAAUGGAGUCUGGGGACAAGGGAGGGGGUCGAGGCAAAGAAGACAUUGGCGCACAAGUGACAUAUCUCAAUAUAAUUUCUAAAACUCUAUUAUAAUCGAACAGAUAAAAUACCUCUGAUCUAUUUCUGUUGGUUUGUUACAAAAUAGCUGUUUGGACUCUUAGCUAGGUGUGACCACACCACUUUCCCCAAAGGAAGCUUUUCUCGGUGAUAUUUACAGCAGAAAACAGGUACAGACAGACAGGUGCUUUCAACAGCCUACACACAGGUAACACGUCUGUUGUUAACUUUGUUUUUUAAAGACACAUUCAGAUGGGGUGGUGACUAGUGCUGAACAGCUGGGUGACUCCAAAGCUGCUGUCCCGGGCAUGGCUGUAGGGAGCGGGCAGGACGCGGACAGCUCGAGCUCACAAACACAGUCCUGGAGCCCACAAGGGCACAGUGAGGUGGCGGUAGGGGGAGGCAGGACCUGCUCAGCAGCUCUCAGUUCAAAGCAGAGACUCUUCCCAAGCAGCUGGAUACAAGGCUCAGAUUCGUUUCAGAAACCUCACCAACAUGUGCAGGUAGUCGCGGGUUAAGUCUUCUGAAAAGCAUCCAACCAAACUCUUCCAGCUCAAAGGCCCUCGAAAGCGUCCAAAUCUUGAAGUAUUUUUUGUGAAGAAGACUGACUAUCGGCGAAAAGCUGCUGGUGGACCAUGCUCACAACUUUCACCUACAGGGAUGUGUGAAAACACAAGCAGUGCUUUGCAGGUCUUGCAGAAAACACUAACUGCUGCUACCACAGUGGCCCAGUCUACAGCAUUAAAAGCACAACAGCAGCAGACAAACACUGCAUUAAACUCAGCUUGUUUGUGCUAAGCCUGAUCCUACUGCCAGAUUUUUCCCACCCCUUUUCUCGUGCUAUAAACAAAUCGAUUUCACUGGACCUCCUCCAGCAAGAGCAAGAGAGAAUCAUGACAGUGAUGGUUUGCACAACACAGCUGUGAGACCUCCCUGACACCUUGCUCUGUUCCACCUUCCAGCAGAGCCACCUUCCUGCUUGGACACUGAGCACCAGACACUUGCUGCAGAAUGCUCUGCAUUGGCUUUCUCCUUUCUCCUCCCCACACCCCUUUUUUAAUAUAGAAGGAUAAUAACUCAGCAGCAAAAAGCCACCAUUCUUUAGGGUUGAUCCGAUCUCUGCGGCGUCUUCCUGCCUGAUCCCACCACCCAAAGGGUUGUGCCAGCUUCACCAUCAGAAUCACGGCAGCCAACAGCUGGAGAUUUUUCUUCGGUGAGCUGCAGUGCACGUUUUGUCCUUCACAAGGCUGUCACUGAUAUGCUUAUUCUUGCCUGCGCCCUGUCAGCAACUAGUUUGUGCGCAAGGGUGUCUACUCACACCACGACAACUACACUGCAUCUGUGUCUGCGCUUGCAUGUGGGAGGGCUGUGGAAGCAGACGACACAAUAGAUCAGAUGAGGUGCUGACAUGCUUUAAAGUGCUUGUUAUCCUUCUGGACCAACCUUCCAAGGGAAAGCAAUCCGUAUUUUGAAGUGAAGUCCGAAGGGCUCAGCUACACAGUAGAACUUAGGGCAGCCUUUUCCACCUGACCCUGAAAUGAAGAGGUUUGGUAUCUCUCUGGCCAAUCCCAACAGAAGAUGCAAGAAGACAGCAAAGGUUUCCUUUGCUUCUCUGCUCAAAGCUGGAGGCCAGCAGUAGCCUUUGCAGGGUCAGGAAAGGGGAUCUGUCUUGCCCUGAGAGACGGUUGUGCCUCAGGUAUUUGGGCACUUCAUUUAAUUCACAUCUGUGCUUCACCCAGCACUAUGGAGGGAGUCUCAGGGAAGCUUCCUUCCUUCCUUCGUUUUUUACAUCCUCGUUGCUUUCCCAAUCAAUUAUUAAAGCAGCAAAUCUCUCUUGUAGGAACUUCAUAGACAUUAUAAAUGUUUUAUCCCCCCAAAAAAUUAUUUCAUCAAGUACCUCAAGGUUUUUGUUGUUGUCACUUCGUGUUAAAUGUCAAGUAAAGCCUAAUUUAUUUAACACACACACACGCACGUACAGACCACUGAAGUGAAGUGGUUCAUUGCGCUCUGGGAAAAAAAUAAACAACUGAGUACUGCCAUUCCUCCCAGGCAAGGAAGUGACUGCUGGGAGGGCAGGGCAGGGCUGCUGCCUCUUGGAUACCCCUUUGUACCUCAGCAGGAAGCUGACGUUGAGCUGGGCAGCCAGGGACAAACGGUACACAUAACAACCUCAGUGGUCUUUUCCAACAUCAGUGAUUCUAUGAUUUGGAGAUUCUAUAAGCAUUCCCAUGAAGCUGCGGGUGGGUCAGAUGAGAUCAUGGCUGCUGUCUCAUGGUGUAGUACCACUUGGGAUGGAUCCAGCACCAGGCCAGGGCAGCCAUGCCUCACAGCUGGAUGCAGUCUGAGGGACUGAGCCCUGCCUGGAGCCAUGUGCCCGUAAUGCAGGCAAGGACCUUACUGGCUCAGAAAGGUGGAGCAUCCUUGUUGUAUCUGGAGGCUGCGUAGGAGAAAACUUCUCUGGUCUGAAGGGAGGCCGAGCUUCUACUCAGGACUUUCUAACAAAUCUUUCAGUCUUCUGCUUCCACAGGCCUCCCUGAGGCUACGCCUGUUUGUUCCUGAUCAAUACAUCUGCUACUGCAUGUAAAAGGAUCAGCCUGGUGCCCAGCUCCAGACAGCUAAGUAAACAACCAAGACAGGUCUGCAGGCAGAUCUGCGUGUAGGUGUCAGCAAACCUGGAGCUGAGCAGGCCCCUGCCCUGGAGGACUGGCCAGCACAGGGAAGCCUUCACCACAGCCCAUCCUUGCUUCCUUAACCCCAGCUGGGCAUAAGCCCAGGUCACAUAAAUGAAUUCUUUCAUCCGAGUGCUUCAGCAGAGCCAAGGACAUCCAAAGAGCACUGCUGGGGAUGCAGGCCCUAAUGCAUUCUUUCACUGGUAAUAAACCCCAGAGCUGAGAAUCCUGGAGUAUUGCUGCUGUGUGGAUUUUACCAUACAAAGUAAAAUAUGUAUUUCCUGCAUGUCUUCGCCAUCCCUUUUCCCUGACAUCUUACACAUCGACACUACUGUCAACAUUCCUCACCUCCCCUCACACAACCAACAACCAGCGCUUCUGCCUCAACCUCAUUCAGGAAGGAAGACCAUUUCUUUCUUUCCCUCUCAAAAUAAAAAUAAGGGCCCUAAAAGGCGUACUGUCCUAUUUUAAUAUCCUAAAGUUGAUCUUCUUAAGCCUCGAAGGGAGAGAGAAUGAGUGAAACCAAAGCCUUUAAGCUAAUUAAUACCUUCCCCUCCCUACUGCUCAAAAAGAUUUUUUUUUCUUCUAAAAAUACAGUCAAAGCUCAUUUUUAAUGCUGUCUUCUUUCACAUCAAUGUCCCCAAUAAAGAAGAGAAGCUGAGCUGUCAUCUCUAUCUCAAGAUCUUCCCCUCCCCUCACUUUGAAGCUGGGAUAGGGAAGAAGGGAGGAAAAGGGGCCUUGGUGUGCAGCUUUCCUAUGGAGAGGGCUGAGGGAGGCAAUGACAUAACUAGGCAAGAGAUACAGAUGGCAGCUCAUGUGAGUGGGCUCCAAAAUACCUUUUCCCCCUAGCACAGGAGGAAGAGGCCAAGUAAAGGAACCACCCACCCCCAGGAGGUGAAGGUAACACUUAGGUUUGCUUUUAAAAUGUAUAAAAGCAGACAGGAAGGAAACACAAAACCAGCUAGAAUGAGAAAAGCAGAGGUGGGUCUGUUUCUUGCUAGAAAAGACAAUCUUUGUGUGUGCAUAUGUGUGUGUGUGUCUGUGUGUGUUUUGAGGUGGGAGGCCACCUCUUGGUGCCAUCUCUUUGGAAAACUGCUCAUCCAUCCCAGGGAAGAUCCCUGGGCUUAGUCUCUCCCUUCUGCUCUCUCAGAACUGCUUAGUGUUUCCUUUAGUAAGCAUGCGCCAUACAUACUCUACCAUACAGGUGUAUUUACACAUGAUGUGGUCUGCUAGAUCUCAGCAGAGGUCUCUGGUACAAUGCUCCAACAUAACAGAAACAAAAAGUUUUGGUGUUCAGAGUGAGGCCAUCUUUGUGUCGUACUGCAGCUUAGGACAGUCUCUCCUCCUCUCACGCUCUCUUCCAUUCUUGUGCUCCCUUGCCUGGAACCAGCUGCUGUAAGGAGAUAAUAUUUGAAGAGCGAUGAGGAGAAAGCAUGGCAAGCAGAACAGGCUCUCAGCUCCAGCUUAGCAGGCAGCAGCAGUGGUGGCAGGGGGAACUCCACCCCUGGGAGUGCCCCAGCAUCUUUCCUUGGCACGGGUGAGUCAGUUUCUCUCUGAGGCUGGCGAAGUUUCAGGGUGGGUAUAAACCUAUGGCCAGGUAAAUGCAAGGCAGGGAAGAA